AGAAUCGAAAAAGGAUUUAAAAAAGUAUGUUAUUCAUUAUACGGUGUUGUAUCACAUUCUGGAGAUCUCUCAUCCGGUCAUUAUGUCGCGUUUAUCAAGAAUCGAUACCCUUCUUCGCAAACAGAAAGAUUUUUCUAUGAAGCCGCAAAUCUUUCGCCACCGGAUUCAGUCACUGCUUGUAGCGUUUCAGAACUGAAAGAAGUAAUAGAGGGACCAUGUGAUGGCGAAUGGUACUAUGCAAGCGAUAUGAGAGUAAGCUCUGUGUCGGAAACACGUGUGCUUGCUGCCGAAGCAUAUGUCCUUUUCUACGAACGAAUUUUUUAA